GCAGCAGCAGAGAGCAGCAGGUAAAUGGAGACAGUCACCUACUGGACACACAUCACCCUCCCGUUCUUCAAAACACAGGGAGGAAAUGCUUCUUUCUUUGGGUUUGACAUAAAAUACAACCUCCGGGGAGCCAGUACAAGAUUAAAAUGGCCCCAAAUUCCAUCCACUGGUUCCGUAAGGGCCUCCGUCUCCAUGACAACCCAGCACUACAGGAGGCAGUCAGAGGAGCAGGCACAGUGCGCUGUGUUUACUUCCUGGACCCUUGGUUUGCAGGCUCGUCCAAUGUCGGAGUCAACAGGUGGAGGUUUCUCCUUCAGUGUUUGGAGGAUCUAGACGCCAACCUUCGGAAGCUCAACUCCCGCCUUUUUGUCAUCAGGGGCCAACCAGCCAAUGUGUUCCCGCGGCUCUUUAAGGAGUGGAAGAUCUCUCGCCUGACCUUUGAGUAUGACUCAGAGCCUUUUGGGAAGGAGAGAGACGCUGCCAUCAAGAAGCUGGCCAUGGAGGCAGGAGUGGAGGUCAUCGUCAAGAUAUCGCACACCCUCUACGACCUGGACAAGAUCAUCGAGCUGAAUGGCGGGCAGCCUCCUCUCACCUACAAGCGUUUCCAGACUCUCAUCAGUCGACUGGAUCCUCCUGAGAUGCCCGUGGAGACGCUCUCAGACACCCUGAUGGGUCGCUGUGUCACCCCCAUCUCUGAGGACCAUGGAGACAAGUACGGGGUUCCGUCCCUGGAGGAGCUGGGCUUUGACACUGAGGGCCUGCCUACAGCCGUGUGGCCGGGAGGAGAGACCGAGGCGCUGACCAGGAUAGAGCGCCAUCUGGAGAGGAAGGCGUGGGUGGCUAACUUUGAGCGUCCCAGGAUGAAUGCCAACUCGCUGCUGGCCAGCCCAACAGGCCUCAGCCCGUAUCUGCGAUUCGGCUGCCUCUCCUGUCGCCUUUUCUACUUCAAGCUCACUGACCUCUACCGCAAGGUGAAAAAGAACAGUUCUCCUCCACUCUCCCUGUACGGCCAAUUACUGUGGCGGGAGUUCUUCUACACCACGGCGACCAACAACCCGCGCUUCGACAAGAUGGAGGGCAACCCCAUCUGCGUCCGCAUCCCCUGGGACAAAAAUCCCGAAGCACUUGCCAAGUGGGCUGAGGCAAAGACGGGUUUUCCCUGGAUAGACGCCAUCAUGACUCAGCUGAGGCAGGAGGGCUGGAUCCAUCACCUGGCCAGGCACGCGGUGGCGUGCUUCCUCACUCGGGGCGACCUGUGGAUCAGCUGGGAGGAAGGGAUGAAGGUCUUUGAGGAGCUGCUUCUGGACGCAGACUGGAGCGUGAACGCAGGCAGCUGGAUGUGGCUGUCCUGCAGUUCAUUUUUCCAGCAGUUUUUCCACUGCUACUGCCCCGUGGGCUUUGGCAGGCGCACCGACCCCAACGGGGACUUCAUUAGACGUUACUUACCUGUCCUCCGAGGUUUCCCUGCUAAGUACAUCUACGACCCGUGGAACGCUCCGGAGUCGGUGCAGGCAGCUGCCAAGUGCAUCAUCGGCGUCCAUUACCCGAAGCCCAUGGUGCACCACGCAGAGGCAAGCCGGCUCAACAUCGAGAGGAUGAAGCAGAUCUACCAGCAACUUAGCCGAUACAGGGGACUGGGCCUGCUGGCAUCAGUGCCGUCCACCAAUGGGAAUGGGAACGGAGGAAUGAUGGCCUACUCUCCCGGAGAGCAGCAGCCAGGGACCAACAGCAACUCACACUUGCCUGGAGUGUCGGGGAGCUCCGUUGCAACAGGUAAUGGCAGCGGGAGCAUCUUACUCAACUUUGAUAAUGAAGAACAACAGCAACAGCGACUGCAGCCGCACCCACAACAGCAGCAGCAGCAGCAGCAGCAGCAGCAUGGAUACCACUCAGUGCCAGAAGCCAGCCAGACCAUCACCAGCAGCCGACUCUACCACGAGUUUGCUGUGCCUCAGCACCCAGGACUCCUCCUGCACACCAGAGGAGGCAUCACAGGAAAGCGGGAGCGCGAGUCGGAACGAGACGGGUCGGGGGAGAAAGACCCGGCGUCCUGCUCCGUGCACAAGAUGCAGAGGCAGAGUACAGAGACCACCUAAAGCAGGCGGUGAUGAGACUGUCUGGAUCCACAUCAGAGUCACCAUCCGGCCAGCGGAGAAAGGAAAUCCCAACGUCGCCACCUGUCCUCCAAACACACGCAGACAUGACUGCCUCCUCCUCACACACAGUGCAUCGAACACUGCUGUCUGUCUUUACGGUCAGAAAUCCCCCCGGGGUGCAAACACGAAGGUGAAAAUGUGAUUUCUAACAUGGUCUGUAAAAGGGUCAUAGAGUCCACUGACCUCUGACCUCGUGCAGUUGUGUACAGACAGGUGCGAUGACCGCAGAGGAAUGUGCAAAGAAACAAAACUCCUCAAACUUACAGCUCGACGUAUUAUUUGUAAAAAUAAUUAAAUACAUUAAAAAACACGUUAUUGUCUUAAAACCGCUGCCACCAGCCAGUAUAUACUGUGUGAACUCUGAAGCAGCUAUAAAUGUAAGUAACGGAAUAUUUAAUCUUUUUACAGCUGCAAGUUCAUCAGUCACUUUGUCUGCUCUUGCACACACUGAUGUGAAACCAAGUAUUUCAGGGUUUACAGAGAGUAUUUUGUACUUUUACUACAACUUUGUAGUAUGUACAUCCUGAGAGUUGAGUAUUGGUGCUUUGACAAAAUAUUACAAAAUUAGAUUUUUUUUUUUUUUAAUAAAAAAAAUCAAUGUGGAUAUAACAACUUAGGGCUCAUUUAUUCUCCCGGAUCACAAUAGAUAAAUCCAUUUAAAACGUUGUAAAUGUCACUGCUCCUAUACUUCUGUAUGUCCUUUAUGUUGGUAUAGAUACAGCCAACAGAUGGCACUAGAGGGCGGAGUCAGAAGUUUCAGACGGCAAUGGACAAGACAGCAGUGGAGGAGGAUGUUAUCAUGUGCCUUUUAACAGAGGCAUCGUUGUAGACACAUUGUUGUGAAUACGUCAUGACAUGUGGACGGAAAAUUCUUUUGACUAUAUCACCAAUUUGUUUUUAAAUGUCUUCGUCGCCUCCUACGGUCGCAUCUCAUUUGAACAAUGCUACACUGCCUCUACGAUCUCUAGUGGUACUACUUCGUUUCAUCCGUACCCAUAAGCUUUAAGACAACAUGAACACAUCCGUGUCCCUAUACAUAUUGAACGUUGAGCAUAAGUGAGCCCUGAGUAAAGGCAGGAAAUGACAUCACUUUGCUGUAUUGCAGCCUUUAAACCAGGAAAAGACAACACUCGAAGAUAUCCAGAAUCUAAGACGAUAUCUAGUCUCAUAUCACGAUAUUGAUAUACUUUUGAUAUAUUGCUCAGCCCGACCCUGAUGUGCUACAUCCCACAGAGCUCACCAGGAGCACACCGUCACCUCCACACAUGCCGACACGUCUGUGUCACUCCAGGAAUAUUUUUGGUCACAAAUAACAUUGUUUAUACUCAUAUUUAAUGUUUAUCUUUAUCAUGUUUUGAAAUGGCUUUUCCCAGAAAUACGUAGCCAUCCCAUAAUGAAGAACAGGGGUUUUAAACUGUAUUUAAACUGUUAAGUCUGGGGAAAAUGACGUAAGAGUACAUGUGUAGUCAGAGUGACAGCCUGAAAGGUCAUUUCAUAGAAUAUUAGUAAUUUAAUAACAGUGUCUAUUUGCACCCAGUGAGAAAAGUCACACUGCAGCUAUUUGGCUAUUUACACCCGUCCCUGACACGUGUUGAUGGAUCCUACUGCGUACUGUGACUGGCCAGUACCCGUCGAGGUUGGAAACGGUUAGAGCAAAGAGGUCGUGGUUAGUGCGAGUACUAACCAAUCUUGGAUAUUCUCUGAGAAAGUGUAAAUGUACCUGAGGGUCAGGUGAUGUAAUAUAAAGAGCAACACAAUCCACAGAGGGAGUAAGAGGUGGUGCAUGAAUGGGUCAAGCACAGGACUUUGACACACGAGACUGGGCUUCGAGCUUUGUGUUAGUAGACAUUAUUUUUAGACUUAGCUUACUUAUUAUUUUCCGUGUUUAGGAUGUAUAAAGCUGCUGAUUGCACACUGUGUACAUACACUUUAGCAGAAUAGCUGACCAGCUUGUAUAUAUGUCAUAUUUUGACGCUGCUUGGCCGUCCAGGAAUACACACCCGCGUGUAAAUAGCAUUGUUGGCUACAAACACCUUGGUGCUAAUAGCAUCUGCCAAUUAAAAAUUAGUAUUCAGUAGAGUGAUUCCUCAGCUUCGGUGUCAUGAGUUUGUAUGUCGGGUUCUUCAGGCGCUCGAGGUCCAGCUGGUGAGUGAGCGUGACAUCCUUUAGCACCAAUGCGACAGUUCACAGGCAAUUCUAUGAGAACAUCCACUGCUGCCUGGUUAGCACAUGUGCUCACUUGAUUUGUAUCGGCAGCUAAAAACAGUGACACGUAUGUCGUUUUUUUUUUCCCCAAGCGGUAUUUAAAGACGUUGAGCGCGUGCAUCUCAAGGAUAUCAAGGAUAACAAAAAACAUGUUUACAGUGUGUCGCUGUAGAUUAGCUAGGAGACUUUUUGUCGUCUCACUCUGGCUGUAAAAAUGCCUUUAGAGCGUGGCAUUAUGGGUACAAGAGUUCUUGUGUAGCUUUAUUUGUAGUUCAUCGUGGCGUUACGUCUGUGAGGUCAUCAGAGGUGGACAUGUAGCUAAGAUCUUCAGAAGUAAAACUUUUCUGUAACGUAAAAGUAUCUCGCUUUCUGUUCAGGUUAAGAGUGUUGGGUACUUUUAACACAAUUCACGAUCCACAUUAACAUCAGUGAAACAUGAGCAGGCUCAAUUGUUUUUCUUUUUUAAUUUGAUGAACAUCUUUAGUGUUGUUUUGUUGUCCUGGCAUUGUGUCCCACAUUAUUCGUCAUGUUCAGACCGUCUCUGCAGUUUCACAGCGAUUUGUUUCAGACUUUUUUUUUUUGCGUUCCGCUCACAGCUGUCGACCAUCAGAGCCUGGACGAUCCUUCUACAAUAUGUUUAAUUUGUCUUCGCCCUUCAAGAGUCAGUCACAUUUUCACCUCUGUGUUUCCCCCUGCAGAGUCAUAGUUUCUGAAAGAUUCUGCCUGUAGACAAUAAAACAAAUAACUUCGGAGUAUCUCUGAGGCACUCUGUGCUGUUUUGACCUUUUUGUUUUUUUGUUGCUGUUGUUUCUGUGCAACAUGUUCAACAACCAAAAACACGUUGCGGUUCAUUUGGGAGAGGAUGUGGAGGUUAACUUCAGUCAGAUAUAAUGAGGACACAGACGGUGUGGUGCAGACUCCUCUCAGAGGUGUCACAUUUUUCUAAGAUUUCUUAUAAAAACCAAAAACACAGUAAAAGACAGGCGAUCCAAAUGAGCCUAAUUCUGUCAGUGAAACAGAAACCGACAUUCCUGAGAAACAAGUCAACCCUCCCGAUGAAGGAUUUCUACUACUGCACAGGGAGUUCAACAUUAUUUACAGUAUGUACGGCUACUUGGGACAUUUUGCGACCCGAGUGAGUUUCACAAUCUGAUACAUGGGUUGAUUUUAAACACAUGAGACGGGUCGCAAAAUGUCCGCUGUAGAGUUCACUGUGGGAGGAUUGUGUAACCGCGUUGGAAAGAUGGAAGUUGGUGUCUUAUUUAGGUUUCAUCCGUCCCCCACUAUCACCUUUACACCUGGUGACAAGAAUGCAGUCGAAUUGAACCAGAGAAUGUAUGAUUUCCCCUGUAAUAUAGACCCCCGCCCUGCGCACACACACACACACACACACACACACACACACAUUGACAACUCUUGCAUAUACUCACAUUAAAGUUUUACAGAUAAACAGACUGUACCUUCUCAAAUUAAAUUAAAUUUUGAACAGAUUCACUUGAAAAAAAAAAGAAUUCUGAACUGUUCUUUGCCGUGUUGUCAUGAUAUUAAUCUGCUGUCGAUAAAGGUCGUCACUUCCUGUUGAUGCCUAGAGGGACAGCAGCAACAGUGAAUCAUCAAAACAGAUUAAAGCAGAUCAGAAAACAGGAAGGCUUCAUAUUAGUGAUGCGCAGAUUGCAGUGACGUCCACGAACGUGUCCAGUUCUAAAAAUUUAACUCUCUGAUUAACAGCAGAUGGAUUGCAGGUUGGUGGAGUAAGAAAUACCUGCUAGAGUUUUUAAUUUACCAAAGAAAAAAAUCCUUAAAUGUGCAUUUAUUGAAUAUGUUAUGAUAUGGUCGUGCUUAGUGAUGACUUUGAGUUGCUUCAGAGAGACGCUGUGCACAUUUACACACGAGGAGCAGCAGCGUAACUUCACUGCUCAUUUCAGAAGCUAAAAGUUCAGCUCUGUUUCCUCUGUAAAGUUUAUAACUGCAGUUUUUACUUUUGCCGCCUAAAUGUCCCACAAUAUUUGCUGCACAUGGAAAAAUCUACAGUUACUCAAAGUAGUAAAAAAACUCAUACAUCAAUGUGUUAUUUAAAAAGCGUACAGGGACCAGAGGGGAGCGGGGUGACAUGUCUCUGAACUGGAGACAAUAUUUGGACAACAUCAGAGCCGAUCUAUGCAUCACUAAUACAUUUUAGAGAUGGAUUAAAUAAUAAUGAUAAUAAUAAUAAUAAUAAUAAUAAUAAUAAUAAGUAAAGUCUCUGAUAAUGAAGGCAGUGGAUGUUUGAGAAUUUACAGUACACACACACACACACACACACACACACACAUACACAAACACAGCCUUCUUAAUGGUUAGCAGGAGAGAACAGAAUAAAGAGAAGUCAGCUUCAAGCCCCAGUUUGCUGUCUGACUAAUUUCAAGUGGCUUAAUGCACUAAAUAUAUUUAUAAAAUUGCGUUCUGUGAGCCGAGCUGACAAACAGAGAAGUUUUAUUUUUUAUUUUUCUCUGAAACAAUAAGAGUGUGUCAUCACAUGCUAUUUCUUAAUACAUUCUUGAAUACUACAUUUUCAUUUGCAGGUAGUUUCACCCUAAAUUGUUCUGUUGCUGGAUAAAUCAAGAAUACCUUCUCCUUCUUCUAAAUAUCAAAAUUAAAGUCAGGUUUCGAGUCAAGUCAGUUUAUUCCAAUAGCACGACCAGCUGUUGACCAAAAUGCUUCACACUGUAAAAAAGACAAAGGAUAGAAAUUCACCAACGACACAAAGAUAGAUAUUGAUGUACAUAAAACAUGUAGAAGGCCAGAGGAAAGAAGUGGGUUUUAACUUUGAUUUUCAAAGUCAGUCAAUGGUGGGGGCUGAUCCAACAACUCUACAACUCGAGCCCGGCAUCUGAAAAAGCACGGUCACUGUUACGCCUUGAACGACUGUCUGUGAUAGAAAGCAGCAGCUUAUCAGGCGACCUCAGUGGUCUGAGAAAACAGUGGGAUGUAAAAGCUCACUGAGAUAUGCUGGAGCCCGAUCAAAGCUAGAAAAGAAAAAAUAAAAUCUUGUAGUCUAAAUUUUACCAGUCACCAGUGCAGUGAUGUUAAAAUCUCAGUUAAAUGGCUCGAUUGUUUUGAUUCUGUUAGCAGACAUGUUUUGCACCAGUAGAAGUCUGUCUGACCGCGACAUAUUGUGCGUUGCAAUAAUCCACGUGAGAAGAAAGCAUGGGUUAUUGUCUUGAGAUCUCAAAAAAGAAAUCUGCUUCACCUUGCUUAGAACUUACAGAUGGCAGAAAGACAACUUCAGGGCAUUCAUUUGUCAACCAAAUUGAAGAUUAGGGUCAAAUUAAAUGCCAGAAUUUUUAGCAUAGGUUGUCCAGGGUUAUGCGCUACAUUUUAAGCAACAUCUGGUGACCCAAAAAUUUAAAAUGUCACGUUAUUCUCAUUUAGUUUUAAGGAGCCAUCCGAUGCUGGAUAUUGUUUAGGUAGUCAAGCAGGUCUUCUGCUGUAAAAUCAAAAACUCACCAUGCUGAAAUAAAACUUUUGGCUCCCCUUACUCACAACAGAGAGCAGGAAGAAGGUGUUUAAGAGUUUAAAUCCCUGUAAUGACCUGAUAGAGUCCAAGUAAUAAAACGGCUGCAGACUGGGGCUGUAGAUAUGCGACGCUCUCCUGAGAAAGUUCUGGUUUCAGUGGAGCCGUGAUGAGUCAUGUUCGUGUACAGUACUCGAUAUUUGUUCAUCUGUGACCAUACUGUCCUGGGCCUCAGGAGUUAUAUGGAGGGAGGGAGGGGGAGAUAAGAGUAUUGUAGUGUUUCUGUAUUAUAAUUCUGUAUGUUCUCAAGAGGAUUUGAAUAUUGUUAGUUUUUUGUAGCUUUUAUCACUAUGAAAAAAACAACAAGUUGAACCAAGUUUUUUUUUUUUGUUUGUUUGUUUAUAUGUUUUGUUCUCCCUUCUGUCACAUGAAGGUGAGAACAGAUGCCAUCUAUCAUCUCUGUAAUAUUAUGCUCUUUCUCUGUCUCUCCUUGUGUUGUGAAAGGCUCUUCUUGUGCUCGAUCAAGUUCAUGACAGGAAAUAAAAAUUGUUACAACUUGA